UCUUAUUUAAUCUUUAAUCCAGAUUAUUUAAUCUUUAAUUCUGAUUGAUCCUUAAUCUUUAAUCCUGAUCAUUUAAUCUUUAAUCCUGAUCAUCUAAUCCUGAUCUGUACAGAGUUAAUACUUCUGCUCUCUAAACCACUGCGGACGCUUAAGUUUACUAGCUGAACAACCCUGACCAAGAGACAUGGAGAGUGCAGUCUGGCAUCAUAAAUCUCUCAAUUAUCUACAGAGUCAAACCUUCAACCACACACAUGUACAAACACACUCUCACUGCAGUGAUACAGUAUCUACACUGACGCCAUCGUACACAAUGUGUAAUGACUUUAGCCCACUCGAGACCCCAAAGGAGAAUCUGCAUAGACAAGAGAGAGGGCACAACCCACAACAAUGCCCAUCUUGCCCACAGCGUCCGUCUCAUUCCCUUUGGUGUGAGACUCCUAAACUGAGCAGAAAGGAUGCGUGUCUGCGCAGACGUCUUCUUGCAUCUAAAUCAGCUACAGAUAUGAAGUCGAGUUUCUCCAAAACGCCAAAUGACAGAAAUGUCCCCUCUCAGAGUGUGUUUGACUCACCGGAUACGCAACCAUGUGGCCCACUGUCAUACAGCACAUUAAAGUCAGAUGCCAUGAUGGCAUCCUGUAGAAAGCGACGCUUGGUCUUCUCUCAGUUUGUGACAUCCAGUUUGGAGGAGAGGAGAAAUGGGGCAAAUCGGAGUCCAUGGAACACAAGGGCUGGGGGGAGUCUGACUCCACAAGAUGAAAGGAACAGGGAGAGUCCAACUCUGUCUGAGCCUGAUCUGGAUGAAAGCAUUAUCUCAGGACUAUUGCCAUCGGAGACACCUGAACCCGGGAGAGGACGAGACAGUUUCCAGACACCGGUAAACUGCCUGGCAGCCCAUCUUUCAGAGAGUCUUAGCAUACUGAGCACCCCCUCGUACACUCCAAUACCUAAACUGGAUGCAUCUGAGGACAGUGGGUUUGGCUCCCUCCGUCUGGAUUGCUCAGUGGAUGGUGCAGAAGAUUGCUCCUUCCAAGAGGGGGUGCAGUCACAAGACUGGCUGUUGCUUAGUCGAGACCAGCGGCGUGCAAGGCUUGAGCGCCAACGCAGACUUUCCACCCUCAGGGAAGGGUCGCAAUCUGAUGAUGAGGUCAAAGGUCAGCGUCUAAAGGGGAAGCUUGAAAAAGAGGAGUUUGUGGAGACUGCGCCAUUCAUGAAUAAACGUCACAAAGUGACGCUUACCCCCGCAUUGCAAGUGGUUCAAGCUCUUAGCUGUUUCACCCCGUCACAAGACCUUGACCAGCUUAUUAUAACUCACUUGCCCCUUUCACACCUGAUUGGCCGAAAGAUGGGUUUGGGAGAAACAGACAUUCUCACUGAGCUGAGCAUGAAAAAUCUGCACCAUGUCCUAUCCUCCAUCCUGCAGCUGCUCCCUGCCAAGGACAUAUACACGUGUGAUCAGGUGUGUAGAUCUUGGAGCGACAUUGUUCUUCAGGACAGGAAGGCGAGUCGCAGGAGGAAAAUGUAUGAGCGUGAGAUGAGACUAUCGCUAGAGAUGGGCAGAGCUGCGCGGGUAGUAGAUGCAGAGACACGGUUAGCAUUAGCAUGUCGCUCAGCUCUCGGCAGUGUUCAGGCUCAGGCCAAAACUCCCAGUACUCAUACACACACUCCUGCAGCUGGCACUACUUGCACCCACACCCCACCCUCCACAAAACGCCAGCAGUUUCUACAGGUUGCUAAAACGUUAUUUAGUGAUGAGUGUUUGAGGUCGUGCCCGAGGUGUGAACAUCCUGCCCGCUGUAAUACUGUUAAAGCUGAAGGAGUGUGUAGCUGGAGCGAUUGUGUGUUUCACUUCUGCACUUCCUGUCUGCGAGCCUAUCAUGGUUCAGCUGACUGCACUCGCCUCUCCAACACCCACACACGCAGCAUGGGUCGGAGCCAACUGCUUCCGGGUAGUGCCCGGAGCAAGCGCAACAUCAGGAGACUCUAACAGUUGGGCGUGUGGUUGUGGUCUUUGUACAGAGUGUGCAUGUAUGGUAUUGUGUGUGUGUGUGUGUGGGAAGAGGGGAUUUUAAAUGUGUGCACACUACAAUCAUAGUUUAGUGUACAUGUGUAGGCAUGUCGGGUGUGUUUGUGUACAGUGUGUAAAUGUUUUUUUAUAUCUGCUGUUUUUAUGGUUUGUUUUAAUAAAAUUUUUAACGCUUUCGUACAAAA